AUGAAGUCUGGAAACCUGGUCUCCCAGGAGGCUUCGUGUGUCUGGAUUGUGCCUAUUAUUGCAAUCAUUUUGCUAGGAGUCUACUUCACCAUCUGGACGAUCUAUACUCUAUACUUUCACCCGCUCUGCCAUUAUCCCGGCCCCAAGCUGGCUGCUAUCACUCCGCUGGUCCAUUUGCUUUGGGACGUGCAAGGUAAACAACACUCAGCCAUCAAGAAACUUCAUGAUGAAUAUGGCGACGUCGUCCGGAUUGCCCCCAAUUCACUUGUCUAUCGCGCUGCGCCUGCCUGGAGGGACAUCUACGGCCAUCGCAAGAAGGGCCAUCGGACUUUCUGCAAAGAUCCCGCUCUGUACACACCUACCCCCAACGGAGUGAAUGCCAUCAUCACGGCCAAUGACGAACAGCACACUCGAAUGCGUCGUCUCUUGACCCACGCCUUCUCCAGUAAGGCCCUCAGCGAGCAGGAAAGUAUUCUACAUACCUACGCCGACAUGCUCAUUCAGAAGCUCGCAGGCCUGCUGGGCCAAGAGCAGUCUCUCGUCGUCGACUUGACCCGCUGGUUCAAUUACACAACUUUCGACUUGAUCGGCGAUCUUGCCUUCGGCGAGCCAUUUGGCUGUCUCGCCGAGCACCGCUACCACUGGUGGGUUGUGAUCAUCCUAGACGCCGUCAAGGCCAGCUCAUAUCUCAAAAUCUUUUGGUUCUAUCCUGUUCUUCUGCCGAUGGUCGUAUUCUUGAUCCCGCGCCACCUGAUGCAGAAACGAACGGAUAGCUUUAAUUUGAGCGUUGAGAAGGUCCGUCGCCGUCUCCAAUCUGGGACUACGCGCCCGGAUUUUACCUCGUACAUCCUCAAGCAUAGCAAGGAUGGAAAGGGUUUAACUCCUUCAGAAAUUGAUGCCAAUGCUGCCGUCUUCGUGCUGGCAGGUAGUGAGACCACCGCUGCUUUGCUGUCUGGGUGUGUGUACUAUCUCCUUCUUCAUCGAGACAAGUACCUUCGAUUGGUCCGUGAGAUCCGUGGGAACUUUGACAAAGCCUCUGACAUUACCUUGUCGGCCAUCGCGGAUAUGCCUUAUCUGAAAGCAGUUCUGGCGGAGACGAUGCGCAUCUAUCCCCCCCAUCCCAGCCAUGCUACCUCGGCUAACGGUUCGCAGGUAUCUGUUUCAAUUUCGUUGUACUCAGCCUUUCACUCACCAGACAACUUCCUGCUCCCGAAUACCUUCGUCCCUGAGCGCUGGCUUGAUAGCUCUGAAUCUCGUCCUUUUAUGUCUGAUAAGAAAGAGGCAUUCCGGCCAUUUUCUCAUGGUCCUCGUAACUGUCUUGGGCAGCAUCUUGCCAACGCCGAAAUGCGCUUGAUUCUUACCAAGGUCCUUUUCAACUUCGACCUGGAACUCGAGACUGAGUCCAUGGGCUGGAUUGCUCAGAAGUCUUUCUCGCUCUGGGAACGACCUCCUUUGAUGGUGCAGCUCAACCGCGCUGGCUCCACUGAGUCUAGUCCCUUAGCUUGUUUCUAG